GACGCUGGCACCAGACCCUGGUGUCCUGCACGCCCGAAUUCAGCCCUGCCCACCUUCUCAGGGGCUCCCAUUCAUUCUGGGCCAAAAGGGAACUGCCGCCCUCGCCCCCAAACUGUUGUAACCUCGUGGGCGCCGGGGGUGUCAGUACUGAAGUGAAGGGACCAUUUGGCUAAAGAUAGCUCUGGGGAUGGACGGGAGAAGGGGCAGAGAUGGACAGUUCUGGGCUUAGGAGUGCCUCGUCUUCAGGCGAGGGUCUGGGGACCCUGGAUGAAGUUUUGCUACUUCCAGAGUGACUGUCGGGUGCACAGAAUCAAAUUCUGGAAAACAGAGUCAGGAUCUGGAAGCCGGAGGAUUAGGUCGAGUCCAGGCACUGCCCAAGCCAGCAGAGCCGCCGGAGCCGCGGGCCGCCGGGGCGUCGCGGGCCCAAAUGUCAACGAGUGCCUAACCAUCCCCGAGGCCUGCAAGGGGGAAAUGAAAUGCAUCAACCACUAUGGGGGCUAUUUAUGCCUACCCCGCUCCGCGGCCGUCAUCAACGACUUGCAUGGCGAGGGUCCACCACCACCAGUGCCCCCUGCUGAACACACCAACCCCUGCCCACCAGGCUAUGAGCCUGAUGAGCAAGAAAGCUGUGUGGACGUGGAUGAGUGUGCGCAGGCCCUGCAUGACUGCCGCCCCAGCCAGCAGUGUCAUAACCUGCCUGGCUCCUACCAGUGCACCUGCCCUGAUGGUUACCGAAAGAUUGGGCCCGAAUGUGUGGAUAUAGAUGAAUGCCGCUACCGCUACUGCCAGCACCGCUGCGUGAACCUGCCUGGCUCCUUCCGCUGCCAGUGUGAGCCUGGCUUCCAGCUGGGGCCCAACAACCGCUCCUGUGUGGAUGUGAACGAAUGUGACAUGGGGGCUCCAUGUGAACAGCGUUGCUUCAACUCCUAUGGGACCUUCCUGUGUCGCUGCCACCAGGGUUAUGAGCUGCACCGGGAUGGCUUCUCCUGCAGUGAUAUCGAUGAGUGCAGCUACUCCAGUUACCUCUGCCAGUACCGCUGCGUCAAUGAGCCAGGCCGCUUCUCCUGCCACUGCCCGCAGGGCUACCAGCUGCUGGCCACACGCCUCUGCCAAGACAUUGACGAGUGCGAGUCGGGGGCGCACCAGUGCCCUGAGGCCCAAACCUGUGUCAACUUCCAUGGAGGCUACCGCUGUGUUGACACCAACCGCUGUGUUGAGCCCUACGUCCAGGUGUCUGACAAUCGCUGCCUCUGUCUGGCCUCCAACCCCCUGUGCCGGGAGCAGCCUUCAUCCAUCGUGCAUCGCUACAUGAGCAUCACCUCCGAGCGGAGCGUGCCUGCCGAUGUGUUCCAGAUCCAAGCGACCUCCGUGUACCCUGGGGCUUACAACGCCUUUCAGAUCCGUGCCGGAAACUCACAGGGGGACUUCUACAUUAGGCAAAUCAACAACGUCAGCGCCAUGCUGGUCCUCGCCCGGCCGGUGACUGGCCCCCGGGAGUACGUAUUGGACCUCGAGAUGGUCACCAUGAACUCCCUCAUGAGCUACCGGGCCAGCUCUGUACUGAGACUCACCGUCUUCGUGGGGGCCUACACCUUCUGAGGAGUGGGUGGGGGAGCCCUCAGGGAGGGGGCAGUUCCCUGUAGCUGAGGAGCCUGGGGCUCAGGGAUGACUGUGUUCUGCUAAAAGGGGAGAUGCUGUUGUGAAAGGUAGACAGAGAAAGGCAAUAAAGGGAGAAAGAAGGAGUCCUGGUGGCUGUGGGGUGGGUAACACUGUAGUGAACCCCAGACUGGGGAAGGGGCCAGGCUUGUGAAAGGUGGGCUAAGUCCACUCAAAGUAGGGGCGGGGGGCUCUGCUUAGGCUGAGGAGGCCCUGUUGAUGCAAGCUGGCAGCUGCGUCCCCAAGGCUGGGGUUUGGCCAUCAGAAUCACCCUGAGAAGAGAGGAGGUACUGAGGCUGGAGACUCCAGGCUACGGCCCAGAAAUCUGGGCUUGGCGAGUUGGCAGGGGCCCUGAGAAGCCCUGCUCUAAAUAGUGCCCAGAGGCGCUGUGUUUCAUUCCUAGCUUGGCCUCAAAUGUUCACUUUGCACAAACCCAAGUAGCUCCCUGGCCUGUUUUCCAAUCCAUAAAAUGAGAGGCAAUUGGAUCAUUAGUGUUUUCCAAGCUCUUAUCAAAGGCCAAUUUACGUCAUCAGGGAACUCUGAUGACAGAGACUAGAUUCAAAGUUGCAGUGCCUCACUGAC